GCGUCUCUAUGACCCCGCGGCGGGGUAGAGCGGCCACUUCCGGCCCCUCCUGCGGGGGGGGACCCGCGCGCCAAGAUGGCGCAGGCCCUGUCGGCCGAGGAGUUCCAAAGGAUGCAGGCGCAGCUGCUGGAGCUGCGCACCGAGAACUACCGGCUGUCGGACGAGCUGCGCAAGAACGGCGCCGAGCUGUCGGGGCUGCGGCAGCGGGUGCAGACCCUGGACAGGGACCUGGCCAAGGCCAACAAGGCUCUCAGUAAAAGCAAGAAGGCCCAGGAGGUGGAGGCCCUGCUGGGGGAGACCAGGAUGCUCCAGGGGAAGCUGCAGAGCCAAGAGGACGAUUUCCGCCUGCAGAACAGCACCCUGCUCAGGGAGCUGGCCAAGGUGGGCCCCAAAGAGGUGGAGGCCCUGCUGGGGGAGACCAGGAUGCUCCAGGGGAAGCUGCAGAGCCAAGAGGACGAUUUCCGCCUGCAGAACAGCACCCUGCUCAGGGAGCUGGCCAAG